UCACUAACUCUACUUCUUCCCAUUACUAGAACUCAUCUAUUAACAGGAUAGACAGACCAUUUCGACCAGCCUUUAUUACAGCUGUAUACAGUAUCUGAAAUCUCCUGAUAAAUUGAUUUACAAUAUGAGGAAUAUUUUCUAUCCAUAGCUGAAACGAUACAGUUUCAUGAAAAGUCCUGUUAGAGGGAGAAAGAUGUGACAUGAAUUCAGAAAUAUCUCAUUUUAUGACAGUUUUAUUUCUACACAGGUUUGUUUAUAAGUUAAUCAGUGUAGUUUGAAAAAUAAUUGUGUGCAUUUAAUGUAUGUGUGUGUGUGUGUGUUUAAUUAUAUUUCAGAGAAGGUGUACUCAGAAGAGAGCUAAACCUGAUAAAAAUGGAGCUGUGCAGCGCUCAGUCUGACCCCGUUCAAGCACCUCAGGGUGACGAUGAUCCGGGAUCGUUUGGGGUGAGAGUCCAUGUCCAGGGCAUCGCCGGCCAGCCGUAUGUGGUCCUGAACGCUCAGGCCAGGUGUGCUCCAUGUUCUCCGGAGUAUCCCCACGUCUUCCUCCCCGACCCUCAGCGCCAGGAGUUUGUGUCCAAUAUGAGCGGGCGAGCUGCAAGCACUCAGACUCAGCCGGAUCAGGACAGAUCUCUGAGAGCCUUAAAGAUGCCGUCGGUCCCGCUGCUGAACUACCAGAGGAGCCCUGAGGUCCUGAGAGCCCCCCGCGGCUGGAGCAGCCCUUCCUCGCCCCUGAUGGUGAAGAGAGCCAGGAUCCCCGAGCCGGGAGCAGGCUGGGAGCGGGUCCAGGAGCUGGAGGUGGAGAGCGUUCCCUUCCAGCCGUCUCACAUCAUCUGCAGGAGGUCUGCAGCUGCCCCAGAGAUGCCCCACAGCAGGACGAGCAGGAGUCUGGAGUCCACAUCACACCGGACAUCUGCAGGACAGCGGGAGAGGUCAGAGGUCACAGGGGUCAGAGACACAUCUGCAGGACAGCGGGAGAGGUCAGAGGUCACAGGGGUCAGAGACACAUCUGCAGGACAGCGGGAGAGGUCAGAGGUCACAGGGGUCAGAGACACUUCUGCAGGACAACGGGAGAGGUCAGAGGUCACAGGGGUCAGAGACACAUCUGCAGGACAGCGGGAGACGUCAGAGGUCACAGGGGUCAGAGACACAUCUGCAGGACAGCGGGAGAGGUCAGAGGUCACAGGGGUCAGAGACACAUCUGCAAAACAGCGGGAGAGGUCAGAGGUCACAGGGGUCAGAGACACUUCUGCAGGACAGCGGGAGAGGUCAGAGGUCACAGGGGUCAGAGACACAUCUGCAGGACAGCGGGAGAGGUCAGAGGUCACAGGGGUCAGAGACACAUCUGCAGGACAGCGGGAGAGGUCAGAGGUCACAGGGGUCAGAGACACAUCUGCAGGACAGCGGGAGAGGUCAGAGGUCACAGGGGUCAGAGACACAUCUGCAGGACAGCGGGAGGGGUCAGAGGUCACAGGGGUCAGAGACACAUCUGCAGGACAGCGGGAGGGGUCAGAGGUCACAGGGGUCAGAGACACAUCUGCAGGACAGCGGGAGAGGUCAGAGGUCACAGGGGUCAGAGACACAUCUACAGGACAGCGGGAGAGGUCAGAGGUCACAGGGGUCAGAGACACAUCUGCAGGACAGCGGGAGAGGUCAGAGGUCACAGGGGUCAGAGACACAUCUACAGGACAGCGGGAGAGGUCAGAGGUCACAGGGGUCAGAGACACAUCUGCAGGACAGCGGGAGAGGUCAGAGGUCACAGGGGUCAGAGACACUUCUGCAGGACAGCGGGAGAGGUCAGAGGUCACAGGGGUCAGAAACACAUCUGCAGGACAGCAGGAGAGGUCAGAGGUCAAAGAGGAGAACGGCAGCGGCCAGGCCACACCUGAUCUUCUGAAAGGACGGCGAGAGCUUCCGGAUCAGCUCGAUGAGGAAACCGCUAAACUGGUGAUGGUUAACUACCUGAAAGAAGGGUCCUGUGAGGGUGAAGCCAUUAUCAGGCAGAAGGUGGAGCUGAUGUUUGACAAGAUUCCCCUGCUGAAGUUCAGUGCACUGGAGGAGAUGGAGUGUGCAGCUCCUCUGGUGGAGGUGAAUGAUCUUACAGACAGAAGGGCGGCGCUAGAGAGACACCUCACUCUCUUACAGCAGCAGCUGCAGGAAGCCCAGCAGAGCAACGAGAGUCUGUCUGAGCAGAAGGAGGAGAGAAACGCUGAGCUGAGGAGACUGCAGGAGGCGCUAGAGAGGAGCGAACAGGAGCAGAUCAUCAUCCGCCACAAACUCACAGACAUGGAGAAAGAGCUGCAGAUCUCCCUGGACCAACUCCUGCAGGCCAGAAGAGCUCGUGAUCAGUGUCGUUCUGAUAUGAGGGAUCUGCAGCAGCAGCUGUCUGACAUCCAUGAUGAGUUAGACAGCACUAAGAGCUGCGAGGCUGGAGAGAGAGACCGGCUGCUGCAGGAUCUGUGUCAGCUGCGCGGGGAGUUCGAGGCCCUGCAGCGGGUGCAGGAGGACCAGGAGGAGGCGCUCCACCGGCGGGACCAGGAGCUCAGAGUCCUGCGGGGGGCGCUAGAGGAGGAGAUCUCUGCUCACGCCAGAGAUGUGGAGGUGCUUCAGCACGAGCACCAGCAGGAGAUACACAGACUCCUGGACGCCACACAGCAGGCCAAAGAGAGUGUGGCUCUGCUGGGUCAGAAGGUCCUGGAGGUGGCUGCAGAGCAAGGAGCCGGUCAGACGCUGAUCUCAGAGCUGAAGCAGACUAAAGCAGAGCUCCAGCAGAAGAUCUGCACUCUGGAGCAGCAGAUGUCCUCCCUCCAGCACCUCAUCCAGCAGAAACAGGAGCAGGAGACGCUCCUCACAGCACGCGUGGAGCAGCAGACGAUGGAGAAACAGAAUCUGGAGGAGGAGCUGAAGGAGGUCAGACAGCAGGAGGAGGACAUGUGUGGAGCCAACCGAGCCCUGAUGAGACACCUGGAGGACACGCAGGAGCUGGAUUGCCUGCGGUCCUUCUGUUACUCAGGAAAACAGAAGUUUUUGAUUAUUUAUGACCCUACAAAGUCCCCCUAGCAGCGUUGGCCACACCUAAAGAGGAAAAAGGUGACACAGUCCAUGAAAACAUGAUUCUGUUGUUUGCAGAUGUCAUCUUCAGACGUCUGGUCCAGAUUUGUUCCAGCUGAAUCUGUUAUGUCUUUGUUCUCCUUUUAUGUCCUGCGUGAGAGAUGUUCCUCAGAUGGUGUUGCACCCUUCAUAGAUGUACAAAUCAUCCAUUGAAUACUUCACUCCUCCACAAGAGCAGACACUGAAGUGGCGUAGAACCCCAAUGUUCCUCUUUCUGAGGCAGAACACAGGAUGUGAACUUGUGCAGCUGGGAUCCUGUGAUUUUAAAAGAUCAUAUGGCACAACAAACAGCAAAUGAAUACAUGGCAUUUGUCAUUGGUCAGAGGUUUGAUGUGGUCAGAUUGAAUUUGUCUCAGACAAAAAGCCCUUAACUUGAUUUACUUAAAAAAGAUGGUCAAAGUGAGAACAAAAGCUAAUCUGAAAAACUCUUACACUGACACUUUUUUUUUGGAAACAUUAAAAUUAUGAUAAAAUCAACAAUUAUUGAUUUCAUCAGUAAGAGUAUUUAACAAAAUAUUUAGUGUAACCAAAUACAGAAAUUCAAUUGUCCAAAACAAUAAUUGAAACUAAAAUGAAUUACAAACAAAGAAACGUAAAUCAAAUUAGUUACAUGAUAUAUCAAUGAAAAUAUUUGUACUUAGGGAAGAAUGAUAAAUACUAAUUUACAUCUGAAACUUGGAAAGAUAAAGAAAUUAGUGAUUAGGUAACCCCAAAGAAACCAAAACAAGCAAUAAUUGAGUGAAAUUCACAAUUAUAAUACAGUUUAUUUGAGACAGUUUAAGACAGAUGUCAAUUUGACUGUGAAGAUCAAAUGGUUUUAUAUGUGUGUCUGUAUUUAGCAGAAGUUAUGUGUCAGUGUAAUCAUGCUCCAAACAAAGGUGAGGAAGUUUUACAAUUGUGAUGCAAAUUUAGUCCUGUAAUAACUGGGAGCCAGUCUGAGAAUGUGAGUAUGAGGUGUGAUCUGGCUCAAAGUGCUUCCACACCAAUGUUUUUUUUUGUUAAGGAGCAUGAUAUAGUGGAAAGUUCAGAGGUAUUGGAUCCUGUUGUGAGAAAAGCAUUUUAAGACAAUUGUGAAUCACACUGUGGCCACAUGGCAAUUCUAUGCUCCUGUACAUGGCUUAACUGCAGCUAUGUGGAAAAUAGCCGAGUGUACCACUCUCUACAGAUAAACUCAACAUAGACACACAUGCAACUUGAAAUUGCUAUUCAAUUCCAGUAUUACAGUAUUUUCCAAUUUUACACAAGACACACGGUCUAGAAUGCAUAGUAUCUACAACAUUUAACCAACAUUUUUUCUCACACUUACAGUAAAGCAGUCAUUUUUUAAAGAAUAUACUCAACUAGUCUUUGUGUACUGUACAUGUAGUAGCACAAAUAACUAAAGUGUGUUCUAUGUGCACAAUGUCUUAAGCACUAUUACAAAUUUGAAAAUACAAACAGCAUAACUGAAAUUUGGAUGUUUCCAUAUUAAACACAUUGCUAUUAAGCUGCUAACCCACUAGCAAGUGAAGUCAGUAGAAGAAGGCCUUGCAUGAACAAUGCAGUCAACUCACUAAGAGUUUUACCCGCAAAUGAGCAUUGAUAUCUGCCUUUAGAAAGUGGUUUCCUAUCUUUCUGAAAAUAAGGUGGAGGUACCACUACCCAGUGACCGGCAUUUUUCCUCUGUAUGGCCUAUUUUGUGACAGGAAUUACAACCCCCCCCCCCAGUAUUCUGUUUUAUUAAAACAAUUAUGAUAAUUUUUGCAUUUAGAUACAGAAGAACUUUGCCUGUUGAAUGUUAAAAACAAAUGAACAAACAAAAGAUUUGUAUCUCCAUGUCUGCCAUGUAAAUCAACUGUUCCUGCUCAUCUCCUGACUGAAUCUCUUCUCUCCACUUUCUCAUUUCACAGAUUCAAUUAUUAGAUCUGUUAGCAUUAAUAUUUUAUACUUAGAUUUUUUUGGGGGGAUCAAACUGUAACAUUGUGUGUCCUAACCAGAUGUGAUGCGAUAAAAAGCAUCUUUUCCAUGUAGUUUUUGCUCUAACCACCUGCGAUAGUGACACUUGAGAAUAAGCUACACAGAAUUAUGCUUUAGAAUUUUUUUUUUUUUUCUGCAACCUGGCAGCAGGAACAACAUACAAAAUAUUACAGUGAUAAUCUUAGGUAAUGAUUAUGUGCUUUAUUCAGUGUUAAAUGUGUCUAAUGUAAGUUUGAAUAUUAUUUUGACAGCAUCACUGAUUAUACAGUUGUUUACAAUCACUUUGCUACUAUUUUCAGAACCUUGAUGUCAUUUUUCAAAACUCUAGGCACAAAACUCAAAACGGUUAUCACUUGUAACACAGGAUGUCUAAUGUUCAAAACAUUGCCUUGCGCAUUCACAUCUUUAAAGAAAUCUUGCACUUGCACAAUCAUUGGUUCAAAACACAAAUUUACUGUGAAAUACCAUUGAAACAUAAUCAUAGAUCACCCACACACAAGCAACCGAUAGUUUCACUCUGUCAUUGUUCGUAAAAUCAUUAAAUAUUGUAGAACAAAAUAGGUGAUACAGGUUUCAUUAUAGUACUACAUGUACAGUAAAUACAUCUCUGUAAAAGUACUGCAGUAGUAGAGAGAAUACUACAGACACAGUGGAAUCAUUGAACAAAGUUUGUAAUAUAUUGAUGCAAAACACUACAGUACAAUCACACCAUAUGUUUAUUUGAAUCAAAGCAAACAUAAUUAGCUAUGAAAUAGAAGAGAAAAGACAGUACUGUAAAACACCAAAUGCAGUUGUUCUCAACUUGCUUGCUUGUAUUGUAAGAAACAAAACAGGAAUGAUUACUGUGCUUCUACGUUGUCAUCAACUCUGUGUUGUGGAUUUGGCCACAGGUUCUCAUCUACAUCACAAUGGAUGUUUUCAUUAGCCAAACAUCUUGGAAAAAAACCUUCGGGCAUGACGAAUCCAGGCCUGACACUGGUCUGCUGUGAUGUCAUUGCAGGCGUCAUCCAUGGCCUGGAGAAGAGUGACUUGUUCAUGAGGGUGCCCAUCAUGAACCUUCCAUCUCCAUGCGGAGAAAAUUUCCUCAAUUGGGGUUAAGGAAGGGAAGUAGUCCUAUCAUACACUUUAUCUCAAGUCUUGAUGAUUUAUUACCCUGAUUUAUGGCCUGAUUUAUGGCCGUAC